CCGCUGGAGAACGUGAGACCCGCCUCGGCGCUAGCCUGCUGGGGUUUGCUGGUUGUUAAGUAGGCGUCAAAGCGGUGUGACGUUGCUCCGCCAGUCCCUUCCUUCCGUAAAAAGGGUAGCUGCUUUCUGAGCCAUCCCAUACCAACUUCAUGUAUUCCUAAGAUUGUCAUCAGCUUCUCGUGGUUGUGGUUUUUUUUUUUUUUCCCUGAGGCCUUACUGAGGUUUAAUUACUUAUAGGCUCUAGUGGUUAUAAAGUAAUGUAAGAUGUUUGUACUACUCGGUUUUAACUCUCUAAUUGACUCUUGUAUUAAGAGACAUUGUUUUAACUUGGGAAUGGUUAAAUGGCCAAAGAUUUCAGUUAUUUACGGAUAAGGGCUGUUUUAUUUGACUACUGUUGGCCUGCAACUUAAACUUGCAUGUUUUAAUUUUUUUAUCCUAUGCUUUUUCUGUGUUAUGGCUGGCGCAACAAUAGUUCAUGAUACAUCAGAAGCCGUAGAGCUCUGUGCUCCCUGUGGUUUAUACCUUAAACCCAUUACAAAAAUGACCAUCAGUGUGGCCCUUCCUCAGCUGAAACAACCAGGAAAAUCCAUUUCGAACUGGGAAGUGAUGGAAAGAUUGAAAGGGAUGGUGCAAACUCAUCAGUUUUCCACUCUGCGGAUUUCUAAAAGCACAAUGGAUUUCAUCCGGUUUGAAGGAGAGGUUGAAAACAAGAGUUUGGUUAAAUCUUUUCUGGCAUGCCUUGAUGGCAAGACAAUAAAGCUGAGUGGCUUCUCUGACAUUUUAAAAGUCCGUGCUGCAGAGUAUAAGAUUGACUUUCCUACCAGACACGACUGGGACUCGUUCUUCCGUGAUGCAAAAGAUAUGAAUGAAACUUUGCCAGGGGAGAGGCCGGAUACUAUUCACUUAGAGGGCUUACCUUGCAAGUGGUUUGCAGCAAAGGACUCUGGCUCGGAAAAGCCGAGUGAAGAAAUCCUUAUAAAAGUUUUCAGGAAAUUUGGAGAAAUACGUAAUGUGGACAUACCCAUGCUGGACCCUUACAGAGAAGAAAUGACUGGCAGAAACUUCCACACUUUCAGUUUUGGAGGCCAUUUAAAUUUUGAAGCUUACGUUCAGUAUCACGAGUACGCAGGUUUCAUUAAGGCCAUGAACGCCCUGCGAGGGAUGAAGCUGAUGUAUAAAGGCGAUGACGGCAAAGCAGUGGCUUGCAAUAUAAAGGUUUCUUUUGACUCAACAAAACACCUCAGUGAUGCAUCAAUUAAGAAGCGUCAGCUCGAAAGGCAAAAGCUUCAAGAGCUUGAAAAACAGAGAGAAGAACAAAAACGUAAAGAGAAAGAAGCUGAGGAAAAACAAAAAGAGGAAGAAAGGAAGCAGAGAGAGCUGGAAGAAUACGAGAGAGAGAGAAAAAGAGAAGAAAAGUUGCGCAAGAGAGAACAGAAACAGAAAGAUCGUGAAGUUCGUCGAAACAAAAAGCAACUUGAAAAGCUUCAAGCUGAAGAACAGAAAAAACUUCAAGAGAAGAUAAAGUUAGAAGAAAGGAAGCUCCUGUUAGCUCAGAGAAAUCUUCAGUCCAUUAGACUAAUUGCAGAGCUGCUAAGCAGGGCAAAGACAGUAAAGCUUUUGGAGCAAGAACAAAAUGAAGAAAAGAUUCGUCUUCAGCAGCUAGAGGAGAGACGAAGGCUGCAGGAGGCUGAACUCAAACGUGUGGAAGAGGAAAAAGAGAGAGCACUGGGGCUGCAGAGAAAAGAAAAGGAACUGAGGGAGAAACUACUGAACAAUCUUCUGAGCAAGAAAAUGGAUGCAGUUAAUCAAAACAAAGAAGAAACUGAAGCACCUCAGUCUGACUCUGACUCACUGAAAACCCCUAGUGGUGUUCCACACACUGUGUCAUCCAGCUGCAUCACUUCUACCUCAGGACAGGCUGUUACAGACAAACUGGCUCCUGGCUCUCAAAGAGAAGUAGCAUCCCCUGAGAGUGUGAACACUCAGUGCAAAUUCUUGAAUGGCAAUGUUCAUGACAAAGUUCACGUCAAAGAAGGUCAGAAACUUCAUACCACAAACUCUGAGAAAAGAAGUUCCGGGGUACUUUCAUGUGUUCCUGCCAAUAACCAGCAGCAGAAGAGCCUCUCUCGCUAUGACCAGAACACCUGCCGGAAGGACUCACGCUGUGAGCAGGGCAAACGUAGCACAGAGCCAAGGAGAAGAAAGAGCCGUUCGUGUAGCAGCAUAAACACUGAUGAGAGUAGAGGUAAACGAGAGAGGAGCAGACACAGAAGAGAUGUGAGCUACCAGGAUGAAAAGCGCAGGAAAGAAAGGAGGUAUUAUAGACACUCUAGCAGAAGUUACAGUCCUCGACGAAGCCAUAGUCCUCGUCGAAGAAGCGUAAGCCCCAGACGUUCACGUUACAGAAGAACUCGCAGUAGCGAACGUAAACGAGACAGAAGAGAGAGAAGUCACAGUCGCAGAAGCGCAAGCAGGAGGCGAAGGCACCGGAGGAGAUCACUGAGUAAGCAAAGGAGUACUUGGAGCGGGUAGUGGAGGCCUUGGCUCCUUGGAAAGGCUGUGGUUGGACAAAAGGGCCAGAAAGUUGUAAAGGAGACCUCAUCAGUGUGACUGCUAUAGAAAGCACGUUUGUUUCAACCAAUGUUUAACUUGCAUCUAGUCCCUGAGAUCCAGAAAAUAGACACCUGAUUUUUUGAUGUUCCUUCGUGCUUUGUUGUCUCUCUUCUAGGUUUCUGCCACAAUGUAGAUAUAACCACCAGUGCUUGUGCUCAAGUUCCUGCAGUGCUAAAAGCCAACCUGUUUUCUUGAUUCUCAGUUUUCUAAACCUUAAUUUUAGUUGAUUUAGAUUUUAGCUCUGUGUCACCUAAUUUGGCUUGAGAAGUACAUGGGUGCCAGUUACAGGAACUCCACAUGCGACAAGCUGUUACAUACAGAUUUGGUUUGAACUGCUUUCUGGUGCGUUCAGUGAAAUCACAUUUAACAAAGUAGAGUCUUUGCCGAUGGAAAUGGAUAACAGGACUUUCAUGUAGUUCUUAAAACUGACUAUAAAGAUACACAGGAUAUCUUUUAAACUGCUACGAUUCCCUCAUGUGUCUGUAUGAUACCAAGCUUUGUGGCCCAAAUUAUUCUGGCAUUAAUGCCACUUGUAUAAUAGUACUUUCCAUCUAAGAGAGGCACACUGAUGCAGGAAGUAAGAAUCAGUGGUAAAAUGACUGAAAAAAUAUUCUCUUAUUUUGUUGACAUAUUUGGCUUUGUAAUUACUUCAGGUAGCAUAGAGCCACUUGAAGCAUUUUUUCAGGUACACGCAGAGCUAGCCAUUGUCUUUUGAAAAAGGGGCCUUCUUGCUAAAUUAUUUUUACUUGUGGUGUGGGAAAGUAAGGCUGCAGUGUCUCUUGUUAAAUCCAUUUAAGAAUACUUUUGCUUCUAAAAUGCAGCUCAGGAAUAUUAAAAGCUAUAACAUUACAGUGAAAGAGUUUAUUUUGCCUUUUUAUGGUAAAAUUAAAAAGAAAACUUUCCAGUGAACUGAAGUUGCUGUUUUCAUAUGUGAGUGUAUUAA